AUGAAAGCGGGCUCAGAACCAGAAGGUGUUGAGGGGGAUACCGAGAGGGCUUUUUGUGACCUUUGCAAAACGUCCUUCUCAAUCGGACAUGGAGGGGAAUAUGAUGUCAAACGACACAGACUCACGGAGACUCACAAGAAACGUGUCCAACAGAAAGAGACAUCCAAAUCUAUGGAUGCUUUUCUCCGACCUAAAAACGACUUUCUUGCUGACAAAGUGACUGCUGCAGAGGUGACGAGUGUGUAUCACACUGUCCAACACGCUACAUCAUAUCGAGCAGGAGAUUGUGGCACAAAGCUAGCCCCAACGAUUUAUCCGGACUCGGACAUUGCCAAGAGGAUGGCCUGUGCCCACACGCCAUUCUUCUCAGUGGCUUCAGAUGCCUCCAAUCAUGGGACCACCAAGCUCUUCCCACUGUCAGUGAGAUACUGGACGCCAGACUUGGGAGUACAGACAAAGGUCCUUGAUUUCUAUGAUGACAGUGAUGAAACAUCUGCUGCGAUCCACAACCAGAUAGUCACCAAGCUGGAGGAAAAUGGACUGGGACUAGACAUGAUAUCUGCGCAAACUGUGUGGCCCACAUCGUUCACAACAGUGCAAAACACGCAGAAAAAAAUCGACAUUGAAAAUGUCGUCAACAAGACCUUUAGCCACUUCUCCUCAUCUGCCAAACGCAUUGAGGAACUUAAGUCAAUUCACACCUUUGUGGAGAUAGAGUACCAGUCCCUGCUUAGACAUGUGCCCACAAGAUGGCUGAGCUUGUGGCCUGCAGUGAAGAGGCUUCACGACAGCUGGGCUCCUAUCAAGACCUACUUUCUCUCAUUGGGAGAGGACCAGUGCCCAAAGUCACUAUGGCAGCUGUUCAAGGAUGACCAGGAUGGUGAGGGCAACCCCCUUGAUCUACAGGUUUACCUGUCCUUCCUCAGCAAUGCGCUGAAGAUUUUCCACAACACUGUGCUGGUGCUGGAGCGAGAAGAUGGGACUGUCUGUGAGCUCUACGAUAUGAUGUUCACCCUAAAAACCAAGCUACAGCAACGACAGAGUGAUGGUUUCUUUGGGGCCCAGACGGGUGUACUCCUCCAGCAGUUUCCAGACAGACAGGCAGCUGUGCUCAGAGAGGACAUGUGCAACUUCUACCAGUCCUCUCUCACCUACCUGGAGCAGCGCUAUGACUUCUCAGACUCCAACUACCAGAAGAAAGUGGCUAGCCUGGCACUAAAGAAGAGCCCAUUCAACUUCUCCCAUCUCUGUGAAGCUGUAGAGGUCCUGCAGCUAAGCAAGAAGUUGGACAUGGAUGCGCUAUAUGAUGAGUAUUGUGUCGUUCUGCCACACCAACAGGCCAUCGUGCAGACUGGAGCUACAGUCGUGGAGAAGUGGGCCACCUUACUCAAGCACACACACACACACCAAACAUGA